AUGAAGAUAGCCAUUGGUUCUGGUAUAACAGAAAAUCAGCUAUCUCUGUUAUCAAAACCAGAAGCCGCAGCUCUUUAUUCGUUGCGAGCAAUUCAGUCUAACACAAUCAAGGACUUGUUAUUAUACCAUGUGCAGGACCUCUCGCCUCUUAGAUUGAAGGGGGUUGUUGAAGGAAGUGGCGAUGGAUGCGGCUCCAUAAUACUCGAUGAGCACUUCGAGCAAUUUCUCGAAAACCUACCCGGUUUUCAAGCUUUCGAACUUCUCCCAGAGCACACGGGGAAUGCAGCUCUUCAAUACUGGCAAGACUCUAUCGAACCACGCUACACUAGGACCGAUCAGGAGGAUGAUCAGGAUGACGUCGGUUGGGAAUUGCCUCUAUUAGGACUUCCUAACCAACCUUUAAUUGGUCUGGAAGGUGGAUUUCUACAACUCAGCGAUGCAGCAAGUAAUAUGCCUUGUGCAACACCAGGCGAGAAAGGUCAAGAUGGGGGGCAUCCUUUGAAGGCGAUACUCCUUGUCAGCGGUCUCGGCGGAUGCGAAUAUCUUAACCAUCGUCUUUGCAAAGCGAACCCGAAGAUUACCAUUUUGCAACCUCCUGACGCAUGGCAAGCGUUAGUCAGUGGAGCUGUUCUACGAGGCCUUGAGGGCAAUCUAGUGCAAAGUUGUUUAGCACGAUGCCAUUACGGUAUCAAUAUACAGGAGGAUUAUGAUGCCGCUCGUCACGGUGGGCUCAAGAAGCACUGGUGCGAAUACAAACAAUGUUAA